AUGUCAAGACUUGGUGAUGGAGAUGCUGAGGGCAUUCGCAAGCUCUUUAUAACAAUGCAAUUGAGGGACAGGAACUUCUUUCAUUUGAUGGAUGUUGAUGAUGAAGGCAGGCAAUGCAAUGUGUUGUGGAUUCAUCCCCGAAGCAAAGCUGCAUAUGAAGAAUUUCAUGAUGUUAUAAGCUUCGACACAACUUACUUGGUUAAUAAAUAUAAGAUGCCUUUUGCCACGUUCGUCGGCAUCAAUAUAAUCAUCAUGUGGCUCUUCAUGAAUUGGCUCGAGGCAAUGGGAAACAUUCAUCCUACUGCUACAUUAACGGAGCAGUGUGAGAGUAUUAAAAUAGCCUGCAGCCCUAAGGGAUGUGAUGCCCAACACUAUCAUCAAUUUUGCUUGUGGCAUAUUCUGUCGAAAGUGCCCCAGAAGUUCAAGAAUGCGGUUGAUUUUGACAAGGCAGUUGUUGAGUUCAAAGCAAUGGUGUAUGACAGCAUUACCAUUGGUACUUUUGAGAGUAAAUGGGCUGAAUUUGUAAGGAGUCAUGGAAUGGAAGGAAGUGAAUGGCUGAAAGCUCUAUACGACGAUAGAGAAAACUGGGUGCCUAUUUACUUGAAUCACACUUUUUGGGCAGGUAUGAUUUCUACACAAAGAAGUGAGGGAAUGCAUGCUUAUUUUGAACAUAUGGCAGAAGAACAAGCACAGUCAAUAGAACAUAUGGCAGAAGAACAAGUAGUUGGAGGUAUAGUUUAUAGAAUCGUGAUCCUACGUAGAAUCAAUUUAAGGGAGGAACAAAAGAAGCUUGUGGAGGAAAUAAAAGAUCUGAAGGGCGAGAUGAAAGAGUUCCUGAUUAGGAGUUGCAAAGAAGCAACAAAGGAAUAUGUCAGGGACAUGUUGCUGGAGGAAUUUCCUUUGUCGAAGAUGUAUGAACUGUUUUUAGAAUGCGUGAAAGAAGAAGCUUCUCGUAAACCUGUCUCUAUGAUUGUGAUUUCCGAUAGUUCUUUUGCACAGUGA